CAAUAACGUCAUAAAACGUAAAAGGAAUAGCUGCUUUUACAGAUGUGGAGAGGGGGGCGCGAUACUUGGCAGGAUGUCGUCUCGGGCGCAGCGCAGUGGGUUUUCUGAAGGCUGCGGCGCGUGCCGCAUGCCAACAUCGCCGGCGACCUCGCACGACCCUAUUAAAACAAGAUACACCGACCAGCGAGCAUAGUAUCACCAAUAGACCCAACCAUGAGGCUCCUGUGGUGUCUUUGCGUCGCGGCUUUCGUGAAUAAUGCCAUAUGCGCGCCAUCAGGGUUCGCGUUCCCGGAUGAGCGGCGGCAGAAGAAGUUGGAGCCGGUCAUCACGCCGCCGAUACUUCCAGUCCUGGAGCAUCUAGAGCGGGAUCCAAGCACGCUCCUGCCGAAUGAAAAGCGGGCUCAGCAAGUGUCACCUAAGUUUGGUGGUGGUUUUAACGUGGCGCCAUCUGGAAAUGGAGGGUUGACAGCGAGCGUUAGUAGCAGCCUGGGUGGCACUGGCGGGAGCCACUCGGCGUCGCAAUCGUUCUCAUUUGGAUUCAGCGAGGGAUUUAGUGCGUCACAUUCGGCCAGCCAAGCGUCAUCAUUCAAUGGAUUUGGAAGUGGUUUCAGUGGUAGCCAGGCGAGCAGUCAAGCGGCGGCAGCAUCAUUCGGUGCUGCGGGCACAUCUGUCUCGGGGGCGGCGUCUCAAGCUGCUGCCUUUGGUGGAGGCUUCGGCAAUAACUUCGGCAGCCAAAGUGCCUCCUCGGCUUUCGGAUUCAACACGCUGAAUGGAUUCCAACCGCCAAAUGCAAACUUUGGCGACGGACUAUUCAACUACAGACAUAGAGGGAUUCCAGAUUUUCCAAUCCCGGAUUUAGUAAGCGGUAAAGGCAUCGGUGUUGCUUCAUUCAGAUCUGGAAAAUCUAGAACAUCUCCAAAGUUUGGAGACGAUUUCAUAGCUGUACUACAUACCUUCUAACCAGAUUCCUCGAUGAUAAUUAAAUAUUUUUAUCUGGUAGAAACGGGUACGUUCUAAUUAAAUACGAAACGAAUUUGAGAUAAUUCUCAGUAAACGUUAAUUUCCGAUUAUUAUUUUUAUCUAGUCGGUAUCUUCAUUACCAGAAACGAUCAGAUAGAACUAAGUUUUGUAAAACAUGACGUCAUUCGUAAUCUACCAAUUGCCUCAUACAUCUGUAUUAUUGUAUAUUUGAUUUUUUUUUUAACGAAAAUGAUCAUAUUUAUAAUCAAGCUUCUUCUAGUGAGCUCUUUUUAGCUCUCUAUAAUUUUAUUUAGUGCCAAAAGCCAGUUUUUUAUACGUGAGUAGCUCUUUGUGGAAACACAAAAUUCACUCAGUCUCUUGUAUCUUAUUUACCUAUUGGAUGCAUUUAGAUUUGUCAACAAAUAUAUUUGCUAAACUUGUCAUUUAUAGUAGGAAAUCAUUCCAAUUUGUUUUUAGUCAAAUUGACCUUCUUUACUCUAUAAUUAGAUGUUCUGGUUCCUUUACUUCAACCUUGCAUGAAAAAGAUGGUUUAUUCCAACAAAUACAUUUUGAUGUUCCAUUUAAUUAUGUCGAUUAGUUGAUAUAACGAUGGUACAAGAAUUACCUUCCUAUUGAUUUAAAGAUUUAAUAAAAUAGUUUACUUAUGAUUCAUGAAUCUGAUGAAUUAAAUAAUGGGUGCAUAGUUUAAGAAUAGACUAAGUAGGUGUUUUAUUUAUUAUAAUAUUACAAGACUUUAUUAUUUAAGUUAAAUAAAUGUACUACAUAAGAGUA